AAGAAGCAUAAAAGUUGGUGACAGGACUUGACUGGGAUCUGUAUAUACUCCGUACACCCGAGCAUACAGGCCGGGUUGUUCAUUCAUUUCAAAUGGAGAAUCGUGACAUACCCGAUUUAAGUACACCUCUACCAAGGUCCAACAACAAUGAGGAGGUGUAUGAUGUUAACCUUGAAGAAACUUCUGUACCCGACGAGUUUAUGAAACCCCUCUAUAUGUCAACAACCGAACCUGUCAACGAUAAUGAAUAUGAAGAUGAUGUUUUUAAUGCGAGCUUGGGUCGAUUUAUGAUUGCCGUUAAGUCCCCGGACUAUCAAUAUACAUCAACGCCCGAACCCGUCGAUGACGAACGGGUCCCCAGUGAUGAAUACGAUGACGAUGAGAUGUUUGAUGAAAGCUUGGGUAGAAUCAUGGUAUCCAUCAAGUCUCCGCACUAUCAAAUCCAUGAUGUGGCCAACAGAUCUAAUAAUGAUGAUCCUAACCCGGAUACAAUGCCUCUGAUCCGGAGCUCUCCUGAUUAUCCUCGCGUUUUGGAUAAUUCCAUCAUGAGAAAUGGCUUCAUUAUGGUUUCACACUGGCGGGGUGGGGUUAUUCCUCAUUAUCAGGUCCCUUGUUCAGCAGUUCUUGUAAUAAAUAACAAAAUCGUUGAUGGUGACAAUCCAAAAGAUGACAACAACCCUGAAGAUGACAAUAAUCCCAAAGAUGAUGACGAUCAUCCUGAAGAUGAUCCAGUUCCUGAAGAUGACCCACUGUACCCUGAGAACAUCGCUGCCCUCCUUGCCUGCCUACAAGUAUGA